AUGACUCAACGAAGUGUGGUCUCAUGGACUGCUAUGAUUGUUGCAUAUGAACAAAAUAGCCUUGUGGAAAACUUUUUAGAGAUUUUUAAGAAAAUGCAGUUGGCAGAUGUAGAGCUCAACUCAGCAACCUUUUCCAGCAUCCUCCCUGCGUGCGCCAAAAUGGGAGCCUUGGACGAGGGUAUGAAAAUCCAUCGAAAAGUGUUUGAAGACGGAUUUUCUUCAGAUGUUAUAGUUGUGACAGCCUUGAUAGACAUGUAUGCAAAAUGUGGAAAUCUACAAAAGGCACAUGAAUUGUUUGACAGUAUACCUCAACAAGAUGUGGUUUCAUGGAUUGCAAUUGUCGCUGGAUAUGCACAGAAUGGGUUUGUUGAUAAAGCUUUGGAGAUAUUCAAGCAUAUGCAAUUUUUAGGUGUAAAGCCCAAAUUCAACAACUUCUGCCAGCGUUCCUCUACGCCAGUGUUAAGGUUCAGAAAUGCGCAAAAUGGAGAUGUUGAAAAAGAUUUCAAAACUUUCAAACAAAUGCAAUUUGCAGAGGUUGAUGAACAAAAAAAAGUAAUAAAUAGGAGCUUGGGAAAUUUGUUGAGAUGCUUAGUUGGAGGGAAAAUCAGAAGUUGGAAUUUGAUUCUUGCACAAGCAGAGUUUGCCUACAAUAAUUCAACGAACAGGAUUACUGGAAGAAUGCCAUUUGAGAUUGUUACUGAAGCACACCCUAGGGGUAUAUUAGAAUUGAGAGAUAUCAAUAAUGAAGACAAGCAGAGUGCAGAGGUAGAAGAAUUUGCAGAUCACAUGAAGGCCUUGCAUACUAAGGUUAAGAAACAUUUUGAGGAUAUGAACAUCAAGUAUAAGGAGAAAGCAGAUGAAAAGAGAAGUCAUAAGGAAUUUGAAGUUGGCAAUGAAGUUAUGGUGUAUCUAUGA